GCAGUCGGCUUUCCUUUCGAAUCGUGUCAGUCAUCGACAAUGUCUCUGUGCGAGUGGUACGCGAACCGUACGGUUCUCCUUACGGGAGUCACCAGCGAAUUGGGACGUGCUGUCCUAGAGAAAAUCCUACGAUCUCUGCCGGACAUCAAGGUAUACGUCAUCCUCAGGCCUCGGAACGGCCUGACCAAGGAGGACCGGCUGAAGAAGAUAUUCGCGUCGCCCGGGUACGAGCGACUGAGGCAGGAGGUGCCGGGCGCGAUCUCGCGCGUGCAAGCGUUCGAGGGCAAUCUGCUUUACGAAGGGCUCGGUCUAAGCGCCGCGGACAAAGCCUCGUUGAGGGAGGUCACGGUGGCCUUUCACGCUGGUGGCCCGCACGACGUCGUCCUGGAAUAUUGUCAGGAAUUACCGAAGCUUAGGUGCGUCGCAGUAGCGUCCAGCAUCUUCAAGCAUCGCGGCCAGAUAACCGAGAGCUUGCAGAAUGAGGCCGUUCCCAAGAUACCGGUUGCCCUUGUGCGCUUCCCUUUCAUCGGGCCGGCUCACAAGCAACCCAUGCCCGGUUUCGUCGAGAUCCUGCGUGGUCCCACCGCGCUCAUGGUCGGCGCGGGUUACGCGUUCGGCAAGGCGGAGCUACAAGCCGAGGUUAUUCCGGUGGACAUGGCGGUGAACACGAUGAUCGCGGCCGCGUGGGAAGUGGGCACGUCUAACGCUGCGGAGCCGGUAGUCUACAACGCGACGACGAUCGAUUGCACGUGGAAAGAUCUGGUUAAAAAGAGCCGACGGGCCAGCUGGAUAUUCCCGUAUCCGACCUUCGGAAUACGUGGAAUGACGUACAUCGUACCGCUGUACUGGAUUUUGGUGCUGCUUCUCGAAUGGCUGCCAUCCGUACUCUGCGACACCGUCCUCAGUCUGUGCGGCAGAAAGCAGAGGAUCGUCGCAGAGUACGACAGAGUUCGUAAUGCACUUCGAUCUCUGAAGUCAAUUUCAUGGAGGUCGUGGCCAGCGGAGAGGAAGCGCGUGUAUCAGCUCCAGAGCCGUCUGAUGGAGAAAGAGCGGGAGAUGUUUCCGGUCACCGCGGUAAUUGACAUCGAGGCUUACAUCCUCUGCGUCGCGGCCGCCACACGGAAAUACUGCGUGAACGAGGACAACUUCAAAGUCAUAAAAAUCGUACGCACGCUCCUCUUACUUAUACCCGUGAUAUUCGUCGUCGCUUACGUUGUAUUUCUUAAUCACACGAACGCGGUCAGAUAAGGGUAACCUGUGCAUGGGAGAUUUCGCUUGCUUCUCUUUCAGAAAUUCGCAGUAAGAAGAACACUUAACGGUUCUGAAACGCUCUGUAUACUCUGUGUAAAUAUUAUCGAAAUUCGCGGAAGCGUAUCUCGAUUUAAUCAUCUGCAUACGCUGCUUUUUAUAUAUAUAUAUGGAACUUGAAUUAUAUCUUUCCUAGACUUGUACAGGGUGUCUGACACAAGACAUAUAAAUGUGUGAAGAUAGAGCAUGUCAUAACUUGAUGAAGUUUCCUGGCAUUUUGUAAACAAAAUGUAAAUUAUAUAAAAUUUCGAGACGUUGUAAAAAGAAGAUUGGUGAACUGAAGCGUACGGCUAUGAGACGAGCUUUGUUAGCAAGAUCUCAUCGAAAGUGGCUGAAACGAGACUAUUUCUUGACGAUACGACAUGUUCACGAUACGUUAAAAAACAUUUAUCUGCGCACUGCUCGUAUCCUUAAGCCUAAUCUACAAUGUGCUCUUUAUUUUCUAUUUUCCACUUUUUAUCUCUUGUAUCUUUGCUUUUCGAUGUUUUACCGAUGAUUUUGUCUUCGAUGAUUGUGUCUUUUAUUACGUGUCUCUUCUGAAGUUCGUCAACUUUUAUUUCAAAGUAAAUAACAAGAAACAAUAACAAGAAACACAAAAAGCACCACAAAAUCAGUGAAGUUAAAGGAAGUUGGUCAGCCUUACCUAAUCAAAAUUACCUAUUCUGAUUGGUCCACAUGAAGUGAUGCUUUUCCUCAGAGAGAACAAAUUGUACACGACGAUGUUCCUUGGUUCUAGGCGACAAAAAAACAAGAAACGAAAGGCAGAAGCAAUGAAACAAUACACAAAGAACACACAUUGUACAUUGAGCUUUACUCUGCCGUCAACUUAUAUUCAUCUAUGCUCAGAGGCAGUCGCAUUUCAAUUAUUUUCGAUAAGAUCUGAUAGAAUCCGUCUCACAUAAUAUCGCGCGCUCUGGUUCGUCAAUCUUUUUUUCAUUAAUAUCUCGAAAUUGCACGUGGUUGUCUGUAAAAUGUCAAGAGUUCUCGGGCUCAGGUUGACGUGCUCUAUCAUAACACAUGAUUUUGUAUGUUUUGCUUUAGAGAUACCUUGUAGAACUUGUCCCACAAUAGCGCGCAUUCUAAUUCGCCAAUCAUAUUUUUUUUUAAUUUCACGUUUGCAAAAUGCCAGGGAUUCUCGUGCUCAGGUUGGCACGCUCUACCUUCACACGUAGUUUCAUAUAUUUUGCGUCAGGCACUCUGUAUGAUCGCGUUCAACCGAGUCACACAAUGUAUGAAUAGUGCUCAUAAUACAACAUCUGGUUUGUACGAAUCAGUCAGACGCAAAGUCCUUUCCGACAAGAGCCGAAGGUAUCUCGCUUCGGCCAUUCAUGAGAUUGAUUCCAGAGGCAGACUCGUGGCCGCACGGAAUCGUCCGUAGCGCUUCACAAAUAUUCGUGAGAGCCGUGCCGAGGCGUCUGCACGAGAAAAUGCCGCUUGGGUGAAAGUUUCCAGGCGAACAUCUAUUCGCAUUGGAGCGCUCGCGCGGGUGUAUCAACGAAGGCAUAUUUCCGACACGUUCUCUCUUAUGCAACACCGCCGCGCCGACUUGCACUCAUUCUCUUCAUCGAAAGGGAUACAGAGAAAACGGGGAAUAUUAUUUGUAGAUUUUAUAUGUUCUCUGGAGGACAGGGUGAAAUACGCGCGAAAUUCUCGCGAAAGCUUUCCGAUGCGCGUGCGUACAUAAGAAUCGCUUGAGGCUGAAUGCGAGAAUGCGACGCGACGAUAGAGUUUUGACACCUGUUUCUAGAGCAGCGGUAAAACACGUGUAAAGGAUGCUUCUUAAUGUUUAUACGUACACGGUAAAAAACAUUUUGUACUUGCGUUGAAACUGGUUCUUGUUAAUAAUUUUCUGUUAAAUUCUUAACAUUCCCGCGUAUUAAUUUAACAUAUUUUGUUUGUAUUAUCCGAAUGUUUUGUGUUAAAUUAAUAUGCAAUAUAUGUAAAUAUUAAAAUUACACAUUUUAUACUUCAGUACAAACUAACAUUUAUGUAAUAAAUGUUAAUAUAAAUGUUAAUUUUACCGAAAAAUUGUUUCGUCUUACGACAUACAUUGUACAAAGUGUAUCUACAAUCAGAGUAAGAAUGGUAUAAUAGGUAAUGUAAGUGACUUUCACGAGGCAAGAAAAAUAUGAUAUUAAUUGAAUCAAUUGGAGAACAUAUAAUUGAAGAUUUCAGAUAAAAUCAUUGAUAAAACUUUAAAAACAGCGCAAUAAAAAAGGAAAUGAAUACAAUAUUUUUCUUACUGUGAAAAUAACAUUUGUUUUUGUUAUGUUACAUUCGACAUUAUACAUAGAUGUCAAUUUUAAAUAAAAUUCGUUUUAAAUUAGUGCUGAUGUUAAUUUUGUUAUGUUAAUUUUUGACACAAUGUGUUAUUUUUUAACAUAUUUGCCUUAUGUUAAUUUACAAAAAAUUGGGUAGGCCGUUCUAGAUAUGUAAAAUAUUAAAUUCAACAUAAAAUUUUUGCUGUAUAUAUAAGAUACUAUAUAUCUUUGUGACUGUUUUAAAAAAUUAUACUGACGAAGAGCGUAUAUGUUUUGUAUAAUAAAUUAUUGUUAAAUGCGAAAUAUAUAAUAAUCUAUUGCUUCAUAUAACAAGAGAUUAUUGUCUUCACUUACGUUUCAUCUGAAAGCUCUGCAUUGGACGACACUAAAUUUAUAUCAAAACGUAAAAGACUCAAUUCAAACAUUGAAAUUAUUUCAUAAAGUUAUCGCGUCUAAAUUCUUUUAUCAUUUUCCGUAACGGUAGCGAAAUUAAAGUAAUAACGUACAUCUCACCGCGGAAUAUUCUUACUAGCAUAUAUAACGUACGUCGUUCCAUUUUUUCCGCUCCACGUUGUCAGCAAAAAUUUCGUUCGCGUGACUAGCCCGUGGGAGCCUGAGCCGAGUUAUGCUUUCAAAAUCCUAUUACGAGUUGCGAGCGCGAAAUUUAGCAAAGAAAGUUGCGGAUUAGUUUCGCGGGAUAUAAUUGGACGUGGUGGGUGGAACUGCGCCUUCAUAAUAAUAAUUGGGAACGUCUAUUCCGCGGAACGAAGUUCCCCUCCCUUCCUCUCGUUGUCGGUGAGAGACCGAGGGAACGAGGGUUCGGAGGUUAAAAAAAGAGGUUAAAGGCGGGCGGCUGUCGGAUGGAGGGAACGAGGUAACGGUAAAAAUGGCAAAAGCGAAAAAGAGAGGGAGGGAGAUCGUAAAGUGAAAAAGACGUGGCGGGUGUGUAUAUUCAAUUUAACUCUAACAGAGUGGUAUGAAUAAGAUGUACGUAUAUAUAUGCUAAGUAAAUAUAUAUAUAUAUAUAUGUAUGUAUAUAUUAUAUAUGCCUGCAAUUGCCUCUUUGCGAAAGUGACUUACACCGGCGCACUUGGAACGAUAGAACGACGCGUAGAACGAGAGAAAGAGAGAGAGAGAGAGAGAGAG